AUGAGGUUCACUUCAAUUUUAACAUUGGCGACGACCUUCACAGCUUCGUUUGUCGCAGCUGCCCCGGCCACUGGCUCGGCAGUCAACAUCAUGAAGAGAAGUGAAAAUGGCGCUUCCAUCAUUGACUUCGAAUAUGUUGCCAAAGCCAUGCGUGACCUCAGUGAAAGGAGCGCAUCUGGCAACGUGAAUGAAGCCCAGAAACGUGAUGACGAGGACUUUAUUGACCAAUUGGUGGUCCAGCUUCACAACUCAGACUUGCUUAACGAGUUUGUUGACCAACUCACCAGCUCUCCCCGUUUGAAGGAUGCGGUGCACGAGGGGGUUGUCAAAGCUAUCGGAGACGGCAACGUUGACGAUGUUGUCGUUUUCAAGGCUUUGAGGAACAGCGGUAAGUUGCAGCAAUUCUUCGAGUCUGUCCUUAAUGACGAGGACUUGAACGGUGCUCUUUCCAAGGAUGCUGAGAGCAUCUUGACCGAAGUUCAAAAAGACGGUGAUGCUGGCCGUAAGAGAGCUUUGGAGACUGCUCAACUAUUCAUCAAAAGAUUGUAUGAGGAGCUUCCUGACCGCGUUGAGAAGAGAGACAUUCACCCAGACAUUUUGGAAGCUUAUGGCAUGGAAAAGAGAGAUCUUAUCGAUGCCAUUGGCUCAAUUGUGAGUCUGAUUUUUGACUCUGGUAUUAUUCAGAACAUCAUCCGUUCCAUCCUCGGUAACAAGAGCCUCAUCCAGGGUGCUUUGAACUUGGUCACAAAUGUUAUCAAGUCUAUCCCAUGGGGUAACUUGUUCAACGCUAUCAAGAACAGCGGAAUUAUCCAGAAAAUCUUCCGUUGGGGCUUCAACUUCAUUGUUGGUUUGUUCCAGAACGGUACUAUCAGCAGAAUCUUCGACACUCUUUUUGGAGCUGGAAGUGAAAGUAAGUCAUUUAUCAGCCGCUUGUUGACGGUCUUGGUGGACGUUGGAGGCGAGCUCUUCAAGAGUCUCGGUAACUCCAAGGGCCUCUUGGGCGAGAUUCUAAGCACCAUUUUCAACGGCCUCUUCGGAGGUUCCAGCGGUAGCUCUUCCGGAUCUGGUUCCUCAGGUUCUUCAGGAUCAGGCUCGGGUGGUUCAGUCGGCAACUGGCUUGAUAAUCUCUUCGGUGGUUCCUCUGGCUCCGGUUCCUCUGGUUCCGGUUCCUCUGGUUCCGGUUCCUCUGGUUCCGGUUCUUCUGGUUCUGGUUCCUCUGGUUCCGGUUCUUCUGGUUCUGGCUCCUCUGAUUCUGGAUCCAGCUCUGGAGGCGGUUUCUUCGACUCUAUUUUCGAUGACAUUUUCGGUGGCGGCUCCUCUGGCUCCUCCGGCUCCUCUGGCUCUAGUGGAUCGGGCUCUUCACCAAGCUCUGGCUCUGGCUCUGGCUCUGGUUCUGGUAAUGUCUUCGUUGACCCAAAGAAGUGUUGCUGUGACCCUAAGAUGAUCAAGCAGAGAGCUAUCAAGAGAGCAUUGCACAGAAAGAUCAAGCGUUCUGUCAAGAGAGCCUUGGCCAGCAACCCAGAGAUGAAGGAUGACAUUUUCUUGAACUACGCUUAUGCUAAGGUGUAA